CUUUGGCGACAUCUAGUAUUAGUUUAUUAGUGCUGGCAGUGCAUUUGUAUCGAGAUAAAUAAUUUAAAGAUAAAGAAUUAAAUAAUAAAAAUGUCUCUUGCCGAUGAGUUAUUAGCAGAUUUAGAAGAAAAUGAUGAUUCCAAUCGAAUGGUAGAAGAACCAGAGCCAGAUUUUAUUCCACCAAAUAUUUCUAAAACCAUUGAAGAAGAAGUAAAAGUUGCUUCGGUAAGAGAAUUAGCAAAACUUCGUGAUUCUGAGGAAUUGAAGAAGAUAAUGUUUGAAAUAGAAAAAUACAGUAAAGUACCUAGAAAGUCGGCAGAUAUCAUAGGCCCUGUUGAAUCUGAUCCAGAAUAUCAAUUGAUUGUUGAAGCAAAUAAUAUGGCAGUCGAUAUAGAUAAUGAAAUAGCUACGAUACAUCGAUUUACAAGAGAUAAAUACUCGAAAAGAUUUCCAGAACUCGAGUCUUUGGUGGUAGGACCAUUAGAAUAUGUUAUGACUGUACAAGAACUUGGAAAUGAUUUAGAUAAAGCAAAAAAUAAUGAAACUCUACAACAAUUUCUUACACAAGCUACUAUUAUGGUUGUAUCUGUCACAGCUUCUACGACACAAGGGCAGUUAUUAAGCGAAGAAGAAAGGGAAGCUAUAUGCGAAGCCUGUGAUAUGGCAGUAGAGUUAAAUAAUUGUAAAUCUAAAAUAUUGGAAUAUGUAGAAAGCAGAAUGGCUUUUAUAGCACCAAAUCUUUCUGUAAUAGUUGGAGCAUCUACUGCUGCAAAAAUUAUGGGUGUUGCUGGAGGUUUGACCAAGUUGUCCAAAAUGCCGGCUUGCAAUGUAUUAGUUUUAGGAUCUCAGAGAACAACACUAUCUGGUUUUUCACAAAUGACAAGUCUACCUCAUACAGGAUUUAUAUAUUAUUCUGAAAUUGUUCAAGAAGCACCACCUGAUUUACGUAGGAAAGCAGCCAGACUUGUUGCAGCAAAAGGUACAUUGGCUGCUCGUGUGGAUGCUUUUCACGAAAGUACAGAUGGCCAUAUUGGGCAAUUAUUCCGUGAUGAAAUUGAAAAGAAAUUAGAUAAAUUACAAGAACCACCUCCUGUCAAAUUUGUAAAACCUUUACCAAAACCAAUUGAUCCAAGUAGAAAGAAGCGUGGUGGCAAGCGUGUUCGAAAAAUGAAGGAACGCUAUGCGAUAACAGAAUUCAGAAAACACGCAAAUAGAAUGAACUUUGCGGAUAUAGAGAACGACGCUUACCAAGAAGAUCUUGGAUAUUCAAGAGGUACAAUUGGAAAGGCAGGAACAGGACGCAUUAGAUUACCGCAAAUCGAUGAAAAAACAAAAGUACGAAUUUCAAAGACUUUACAGAAGAAUUUACAAAAACAACAACAAUGGGGUGGAAGUACUACUGUUAAAAAACAAGUCUCUGGAACGGCUUCAAGCGUAGCAUUUACACCGUUGCAGGGCUUGGAAAUUGUUAAUCCGCAAGCCGCAGAGAAAAAAGUAAAUGAAGCUAAUGCCAAAUAUUUUUCAAAUACGGCUGGUUUCUUAAAAGUGAAAAAAUCUUAAUGUAAAUGUGUUUUAUAUGCGUUUUAAAUUUAGGAAUAUCAUUACUUAAUAUUUAAAUGUUAAAAAUAUCAUGUACAAAAUUUUAUAAUUUAUCGCAUAAUGAUAAGUUCAUUAGAAUAGAUAAGGAAAAAAAA